AUGGGGAAAGCUAGCUGGAGUAGAAAGAACUUUCUGUUUGUGGCAGGACUGUCACUUAUAGGUGUCCAUUUUGGAAGCAUGCUUGUAAACUUUGUUGCAAAAAAAUCUGUUCGGUCACAUUCAGAAGCUAAAAAGGAAGAUCGUUGUGAAUGAAAUAGCUUACUGCUGUCGUUAUAUAUCAGUUUCACAAUAUGAUUUAAGCCUCAUUUUAAGAGAUAGAUCAUAGCGAGUCACAGGAAUGUCAUUAUCGUACUGUAUGUACCUUUUCACAUUUAAAAUAAUCCUUAGCUGCAAUAAUUAAAAUGUACUACUUUAAAUUUUUUAAGUGCUAUGAAUUAUAGAUCCAAGUAAAAAUGAAAUCUGUUUUGUUGGCUAGAAUUAAAAUCUUACUUUGAAAAUG